AUUCGACGAAUAUGGUCUCGGUACACAGAAGAAAUCCAUCGUUUCCGCAAACCUUUAAAUCCUUAGUAUUUUGUUUUAUGUAAUUUGCUGUCACAUCAUAAAAUUUUGACUUCUCCUGUAAAGCUUGCACCCUAAUCAAACUCAACAUGUCAGCCGAGAUUCGAAAGCCCUCGAUUAAUACGAAGCCCUACGAUGCCAUCAGCGUGGAAACACUGAAAGGCUCUCUAGCAGGGCGAGUUGUGGUAUUGACCGGCGCUGGAGGUGGCCUUGGACGUGGCGAAUGUGUGGCAUUCGCUAAAGCUGGUGCAAAGCUUGCUCUGCUCGAUAUUGAGCGCGCUGCCUCAGCCUUACAGACUACAGUGGAUGAUUGUGUGGCAUUGGGUGCUGAAGUCAAAAGCUACUUCUGCAAUGUUAUGGAUGCGGUAGAGUCAAGAAAGACGUUGAAGCAGAUCGUGGCAGACCUUGGUGAGGUGGACGUUCUCGUGAAUAACGCUGGAGGGACUAUUGAUAGACCAUUUCAUAUGGAGACCUUUGAUCAGUUCUGGGCUAUGAUUGAUUUGAACUUCAAGGCACCCAUGCUUUGGACGCACAUGCUGAUACCUGAAUUUCGGCGCCGCGGACACGGCAGGAUUAUCAAUAUCGCCUCUCGAUCUGCAACGGUGAACAGUCCUUUCAGCGCCAACUACGCCGCUGCAAAAGCUGCACUCGUACGCGCCAACGGUUGCUUGCAGUUUGAGCAGGACAUGGACGGAUUCCACGACAUCGAAAUCUACUCGCUACACCCGGGCGCGACCAAGACUGGCAUACAGAAAGCUCUCGACCAGGAUGUUGCAGAAGCAUACCCAGAAGGCGCUGCCGCCUAUGCCAAGUUCACCAAGGCAUUCAAGUGCGAGCCUGCAUUGUGUGGACAAACAUGCGUGUUCCUAGCUGCGGGACGAGGUACGGCACUGAAGGGGAGGUACUUUGAUUGUGAACAGGACAUUGGUUAUGUUGCGAGUAUGGGGAGUGUAAUACGUGAGCAAGGACUGUAUGAGUUGAAGGUUGAGUUUCUGGGCGGGCUACCAAAUGAUGGAGGCACUAUGCCAGAUUCUAUGUUGAAUGAACUGUAAAUUUAAGAUACAGCAGUAGGAUUGGC